AUAGCGUACCUCGUAUGACAUGUUUGAUAAGGGUCAUGAUAAUGGAAACCACGUGUAGCUGAGACAAAAAUAGUGAAAUUUCAAAAUAUGGAUAAUAAAAAUGGAAUUACAAAUGGACUAAAAGGAAAAACCAUUUCUACAGUAGAACUACUGGCUAUGACAAAUGGAAAAUCAAAUACAGAACCGAUAGUCCCGAACAACCCAAUAAACGAAGAUGACAGGACCAAUAACGUGACAACCACACCAGAACCGAUCAUCCAGUCGGGGACAACAUCUGAUAUUAGUAGAGGACGAGCUUAUGUCACAGUAGCAAUACUUCUCACCAUUAAUUUGUUAAAUUAUAUGGACAGAUAUACUGUUGCAGGUGUUCUGAACCAGAUACAGACUUACUACAACUUAGGUAAUGCAAGUGAUGGCUUGCUACAAACAGUAUUUAUUGGAACCUACAUGAUUUUCUCUCCUAUUUUUGGUUACCUUGGUGACAGAUAUACCAGAAAAUACAUCAUGGCAGGAGGCAUAUUUUUUUGGUCAUGUGUUACUUUAGCAGGAUCCUUUGUUGACCAGGAGCAUAAGUUAUGGUUCUUUGUUCUACGAGCUGCAGUAGGAGUUGGAGAAGCUAGUUACUCCACCAUUGCCCCUACAUUGAUAGCUGAUUUAUUUGUGGGAGAUCUUAGAACAAGAAUGUUGAUGAUAUUUUAUUUUGCCAUACCUGUUGGCAGUGGUAUGGGAUACAUUGUAGGAUCUAACAUUGCAGAGGCAUUUGGUCACUGGCAGUGGGCAUUAAGGUUUACACCCACAUUGGGUAUGGUAUGUGUGAUAUUAAUUGUGUUUGUCUUGAAAGAGCCACAGAGAGGACAUUCUGAGGGAGGAAGAAAUCUACAUAAUACUACAUUCUGUAGUGAUCUCAUGUAUUUAUUUAAAAAUAAAAGUUUUAUGUUAUCCACAUUUGGGUUUACAUGUGUAGCCUUUGUAACAGGAGCACUAGCGUUGUGGGCCCCACUUUACAUGCAACGCUCUAUCAGUGUUCAGGGAGGAAGUCCAAAAGAAAGCGUAGUGAGUUUGACCUUUGGAGGGAUAACUAUAGCUGCAGGUUUUCUCGGUGUGUUUUUAGGCGCUGAGACUUCACGGAGGUACAAGCGAAUAAACCCCCGAGCUGAUCCAUUGAUUUGUGCCUUUGGGUUGUUAUCGUGUACACCAUUCCUAUUCUUUGCAUUAGUCGUAUCAAAAUAUAAUACAACAGCCACAUGGAUACUUAUAUUCCUGGGAGAAGUAUGUUUAUGUUUAAACUGGUCAAUAGUAGCAGAUAUGUUAUUGUAUUGUGUCAUACCUACAAGACGUUCAGCAGCCGAAGCAGUUCAGAUUUUAAUGUCCCAUGCUUUAGGUGAUGCUGGAAGUCCAUACCUUAUAGGCCUUAUAAGUGAUGCAUUAGCUAAGAAGUACAGAGACCCACCUAAGACACCAAGUGUACAGUUUGCCACGUUACAGAGUGCUCUAUAUAUGACACCCUUUGUCUGUGUAGUCGGAGGAGGAUUCUUCUUAGCUACAGCUUUAUUUAUAGUAAAGGACAGAAAAGAAGCAGAGAAAAUUACUAAAGGAUAUAGUGAGAUCCUCGUAGAUUCAGAGGGGGAUGCUGAUUUUGACGAUGUUAACCAGCUGUUAGAUGAUGACGAUGAUGGACUACUUCCGUAUGCGUAAAACAUGGCAGUAAUUGAUGAAACAAAAGGAAUAGAAAAUCCUGUCUUGGAAGGAGAAGAUAUAACAGUUACAGUGGCCGAUCCAAAUAAAAGUCAGCCACUAUGACCUACUUAUCUAUAACAUUAACUUAAGGGAUAUUUCUAUGAAAUGAAAACUCAUCAAAAUUUACAAUACUAAUAAUUUGUGACAUCUUUUUAUUUUCUAUUUUUGUAUAAAACUAGUCAACACUGUAAAAUGUUCUUAAGCAGGGUUGUGAUCAAGGAACAUGUUGACUUGUGUAUGUUAUGUAUACUGGUGUUGUAGUUCACACAUCAAUACAUUUUAUUAAUAAGCACUUUCUUCUUACUGAAAAAAUGACUAUUUUCUUUGCUGUAUUACUCCAUCACUUUGAUCUGAUUGACUUUUAAGCAAAUAUAAGAUUCUUUUAUAUUGUGUCUACCUAAUUUAUUGCAUUCAAUGAUAUAAAAGAAGAUGUUGAAUUUUCUACAAUGAGAGCCCAAGCUACAGACACACCAUGUAAAGUCCUCCAUGUCAACAUACUUAUUUUAGCAGACGACAACUAUCUAUUAUAGAUUAUAGGUUUUUUCUUCAGCAGACUACAACUGUCUAUUUAUAGCUUAUAGGGCUUUUCUUCAGCAGACGACAUCUGUCCUUUAUAGAUUAUAGGGUUUUUCUUCAGCAUGUUUGUACCAUAAAAUACCAGACACAGGCCACAAUGUAAGCCUGAAUUGGCGAGGUAUUACAGUGAAGAGGUCAACAUAAAAUUAUAAGUGUGAUGUGUGUGUUUUCUGUAGAUGACCCUUAAUUUAUACAUUUGUAAAAAGUGUUUAUUUGUAAGUAAUUUUGAAGUGGGAAACAUGUAUAAUACUCAUUUUUGUACAAGUAAUUUAUCAUAUUUAAGCUAUAGAAAUUGAAUUAUCCUGAACGAGAAGAGUAUCAUAAGCCAUGAAAAAUAAAAUAAAAAUCAAGUUGUUAUAAGAAGGCAUAAAAAAGUGAAUUCCCUAUGUUGGAUAAGAACUGACACUUGCAUUUUCUAAAAGGUGAUUUGUUUUGUUGACUUUAUUUUAAGUUUAUACAAAUUUGGUGUGUUUCUUUAUAAAAGUAUAUAAAGUGCUAUCUUCUAUAUUAUCUUGAUCCUCUUGUUGAAAUAUUUAAAGCCUGCCUUGUAUGUACUAUCUUGAGAAAAAUUACUUAAUUUUUCGGUUUGAUUUUGUACACACAUAAGCUUAUCUUUGUUUGGAAAUAAGGGUGCUACAAUGUUGCCCAAGGUAGUGCAAAAAGGUCUCCUCUGCAUUAUCGUGCUACCUCUUGAAAAAUAAUAUUUGUUCUGAAAUAAAUAAAUUACUAUGAUUAUGUUUAAGUUUUUUCAAUUAUAAAUGUAAUUCAUAUGAGAUGAAAUGCAGUGACUGAUUUUUCUAGGAUUCCAGACUAAUCUAUUUUUGAAACUAUUUGAUGUGCUACAUGUAUGUUAUUUAAUAUUUAUACUAUUGAAAAUAUGGACUGCAUUUCACAAAAGUUGGUCCACAUUAAAAGUUGUUAAGGUUUUUUUUAAGUUUGACUGUUCCAAUUAAGUAAUUAUCAAAUUCGACAGAUUAAAUGAGCAUUUCAACAAUGUUUAAGGCUGAUUUAUGUUUUUGCAAUCCAAUCCAUGUAUCUAUUUCAAUUACUUUGUUUUACAAUUCUGUGAUUUUUUUUUUGUAGGAACCAAAUUCCAUAGAUUGAGGUUUUUUUUAAUAUUUGCAUGGAUAUUUGAUUUCAUGUUUUUUGGCAGCGACAUAUAUAACUUUCAAUAUUUUUGUUUUUUUGCCAAAAUCUGCAAACAUGACUACACACAUUUUUUAUUUUGUUGAACAUUUAUCCACAAAUCCAUGAAAAUUUGUAUCCCACAAAUAAAAAAUGAACUCACAGUACUUGUAAGAUUAUAUGUUUCAAGGUUGCUGUCAGGAAUGCCUACCAUAUGAAAAACUGAAUUAUUUACUGUUAUUAUUUAUGAAACGGCUAUUAUUGGAGGUAUUGUUUUCCUCAAUUAUAUGAAAUUCAUAAAGUUAAAUAAUGCCUUCUAUGAAAGUUGAAAGAUGUUACUUUUUCACUUGUAAAUAAUUCAUUUGCUGGUAGAUAUUUAUAGAUAAUUUUGAUAUAAAUCAAGGCAGCUUAUAAAUAUAAAGACUGUCCAAAUCCAGUCAUUGUGUAAUACCAUAACAUCACAGGUUUUUCUAAUA